GUGGUCGCACAGCACCAGCAGGACGUCCCAAUGUGUCGCAGUCCACAAGCACUGAGCCAGUGAUAGCAACAGAGGACAACUCACAACCGCGGAGAUCAAGGCGUCGCAUUCACGCUACAGCCAAUGCAGACCCUGGUUCGUCUGUAUGACUUUUUACUGGGUUCAUUCUGACACUGUGUGGUAUUGUAGAGCUGCUCGAGAACAUGCGACCCGGUCUCAUCCAACAAUCAGCCCAGCCCAAUGAAAAUGCUGCAUACACAGAAGAGAUGUAUGACCAUGUCGGCAAUGGUGCAUUUCCCGCGCCCCAGGGUCUCUCUCGUGCAGAACAAGCACAGGAACAGGGUGACGACUCGGACGACCCUGACUUCACCGAAGAGAACAUACGCGCUGGCCGACGACCCACACAGCCCCGGGCCCAGGUGCAGGCCUCCGAAGUGAAUCAAGCAGGGAGUAGCACAGGAUUCACCACGAACACGUUCUCAGCCCGUCUUCAGCCCGUCCACCCUGUCGGCCCUUCAUCCAGCCGCCUGCAAACUCUCAUGGGUCCGCAUCGGCAUUCCAUUCCACCUCUGACAGCUUCUACCAUGGACGUAUUUUCGUCUCCAUCUGCUGUAUCUCCACCUGCAUCUCAGACAGUCAUAUCCUACGCUCUCAGCCUCCCCUUCUCUCGAAUAGACCCUCUGUGUCGCCCGCACCGGGAGCAAUCAGGCCUCAAAGCUCCUUAUCGCCGUCUAGCUCAUUUGCUGCCCAACAUAGCGCUCCAAAGCGAACGUCUUCAGAGCGGGACGAUGAUGACCAAGCCGAGGACGUGGAUAUAGCCGCAGAACGCCGCCAUAAGCGGAAGCAACAACACAACGCAAACAGGCCACGCUAUCGGGAUUCCCGUGGAGACGAUGAGUUGAGCACCCUCCUUGACGUUGUGAAGAA